GGAGGAGAUCACUGCCUCACAGAACCAGAGCUAAACAAUCCAGUGAAAAACUCCUCUUGAAUCAUGAACGGCAAACUUGUGGCUGUCCUGGCUCUUCUUCUGAUUUCAGCGGCUAUGUCUCAAGGUAGAGCCCUGGCAAGGAUGGGAACCGAGCUCCGGUGCCAGUGCAUAGCCACUCAUUCCAAGUUCAUCCCUCCUAAAUCCAUUCAAGAUGUGAAGCUGACACAGAGCGGCCCCCACUGCAAGAACGUUGAAGUCAUAGCUACUCUGAAGGACGGCAGAGAGGUGUGCUUGGAUCCCACUGCUCCCUGGGUGCAAGUGAUCAUAAAGGCAAUUUUGGCCAAGGCUCAACUCAAUUCUGACUCACCGCUCUAAGAAACACCAGGACAGAAAAAAUCUGGGAACUGAUCCCACUCCUCCGUCGAGAGAAACAUUCGGGAAAAGCAUCGUUCGUGGCAGCGUACCACCUGCCACCUCCUGCAUCAGUGUUAUUGUCUUAAUUAUGGAUGAGGUUUUAUUUAUUUAUUUAUUUGACUGCAUCUACUUAAGGAAGUCUUUCAAAAUGGUCAGUGUUCUCUCCAGGACAUUCACACUUCAUUGACACUGAAGACGCUGAAUAGGAGAAGUGGUUUGCUAAAGGAGUUGAAGAAACCUUGGCAGCCACUUCAGCCAAACAUGGCUGAUUAAGUGCAAUGCACUUAACAGCACUGCUUAUUUACACUAAGCCUCACUGUUUUGCUACUACACCAGCAAACUGAUAAAUCCUCCUGCUCCCCCGGAGUGCACUAGUAUGUUGUGUCAACAAGAGUUUCCUGAUUCACAGCCAGCCUGUGGCUAGACUGUGAACUGUGAUUCCUGUAAAUGUGAUUUCAUUUUAAAACGUAGCCUACUGAAGCUGUAAGACGGUGGAUUUGGUAUUUAUUUAUUGUCAUUGCCACGGUAUUUAUUAAUGUAUGAAUUUCUUAUUUAUAAACUUUUUUCUAAAUUGUUUUUGUAAUUGUAUUUCUAAUCUGAUUAGAUUAUUUAAUUCUAAUUUAAAGAAUUGUAGUUUUUAUACAAGAGAAAAAUGAUGAUAAAAUUUCUCAUUUCUACUGGAUUUCCAUUUCUAUUAUUAAUUUCUUAAGAAACAUUCAUAGUCUCAUUGCUCUGUACAAGGACUCGAUUGUACAUCUCACUAACCAUUUGAUCAGCUAAUGGAAAAACCGCAUUUUACAUAGACAGAAUUUGCUUGUGAGAGUGUAAUUAUUCCUAACAAUGUGUUAUUAAAUGUUUUCUACCA